AUGAACAUCUUGCGCACCGGGGCCAGUGUUCCCCGCGUCCUGCGGCCUUGUCGACCCCAGAGUGUUCUCCGCACUCGUUUCCCCAUACCACCCGUCGCGAGCCGCGCCUUUCACGCCGGGCCUUCGUUGUGGGGGAUUAAGUCGCAGAUUCUCAAGGAUGUUGGUGAAGGUAUCACCGAGGUCCAGAUCAUUCAAUGGUAUGUGGAGGAGGGAGCUCAUAUUGAGGAGUGGAAGCCACUGUGUCAGUACCAGUCUGAUAAGGCAGUAGAUGAUAUCACAUCGCGGUAUGCGGGUGUCAUUAAGAAGUUACACUUCGAGGCAGACGAUACAGUACCUACUGGACGGGCUCUAUGCGACAUUGAAGUCGAAGACGGAAAAUACCCCGACGAUCAACCUCCCCAUGACACAACACUCGAACCAGAGCCGCCCGCGGCGGCUCCAGAGUCUGGAAUUCUAGCUACGGCUCAAGAAGCCGAAACAUCCCCCAUCGAUCCUCAAGUGCCAGAGGAAAUCAUCGAGACACCCAAGUCCAAGCAUGCAUCUCUUGCCACACCCGCCGUACGAGGCCUUCUCAAAACCCACAUGGUGGACAUUCUCGAUGUCAACGGCACAGGCAAGGAAGGACGAGUCCUCAAAGAGGACGUCCUUAAGUACGUGGAGACUCGGGACUCUCCCGUAUCAGCAGUCUCUCCUAAAGUGACACUUUCCAUCACACCCGACACUCGACAGACGGAAUCCGAGGUCUCUCUUACCCCCAUCCAAUCAGCCAUGUUCAAGACCAUGACCAAAUCCCUCAGCACCCCACAUCUACUAUUCGCCGACGAACUAAAAGUCAACGAUAUCAAUUCCAUCCGGAAGAAACUCGUCAGUGAUGCCCGUGAUCCGAAGAAGAUCACUUUCCUCCCCUUCAUCGUCAAGGCGGUCUCUCUAGCCCUUAACCAAUACCCCAUCCUCAACGCCCGCGUCGACACCAGCGACCCCAACAAACCCAAGAUCAUCAUGCGGGAAAAGCACAACAUCGGCAUCGCCAUGGACACGCCCAAGGGCCUCAUAGUGCCCAACAUCAAAGACGUAGCCAACCGAUCCAUCUUCGACAUUGCCGCCGAGAUCUCACGGCUCAGCGCCCUAGGCAAGGAGGGCAAACUAGGACCCGCCGAUCUAAGCGGCGGGACGAUCACAGUCUCGAAUAUCGGGAAUAUCGGUGGCACGUAUGUGGCGCCAGUGAUUGUGCCUUCGGAGGUUGCUAUUCUAGGCGUGGGGCGGACUAGGACGGUUCCUGUUUUCGAUGAUCAGGGUGAGGUUACUCGAGGGGAUAUGGUCAACUUUAGUUGGAGUGCGGAUCAUCGGGUUAUCGAUGGGGCAACGAUGGCGCGGAUGGGUAAUAGGGUGCGCGAGUUGAUUGAGUCGCCUGAGUUGAUGCUUCUUGAAUUGAGAUGA